AUGCAGAGAACUGCCGGUUUGCAAAUGUAUGCAUCAUUAUCAAAGAAGUACAAAAACGCUGAAUGGAACGAAAAGAAACAUGGAUAUGUUCCAAUUGUUCAAUUGAUGGAAAGAGUCUAUCAAAAGCCCCAAUCAAGUGAUUUAAAGAGACUGGAAAAUUCGUUGUUAAAGCCGAAAUUAAAUCUUUAUAUUGGUCCACUAGAAUUAAAACCUUAG